GAGACCCUUUUCCUGACGCACGCCUGGUAUGCAAACAUAAAUUUAGCAGCAACGUGUUUGCCGGGGGAACAAAAUAUCUGGAAGCGACCGUGGACUGUCAUGCUGUCUCCGUCCGCUCUUGGCUGACUUUUACCUUUUUCCUCUCUCGCUCUCCUGGAAACUGGAGCCGGAGCGCAGCGCGGAGAGACGAGCGGACCUCUUUCUCCCCGAGUGACUGGGGCAGGCUGGGACAUAGAGCGGGCGAUCAGAGCCGUCUAUCAACGCUUUGAAAUUACUUAAGAGUUUGUUUGCGUCCGUGAUGAGUGGGAGCUGUUUGUGGACGACUAGCCUGGUUCUCCUCGCUGUCUGUGCGAAGAUUGCCGUGUGGGCCAACAAUGGAGAUGCAGUGUUCAUCAGGGAAUUCACGCUGAUUCGGCGAGAUCACCUUGCUGAAGAGCCUCUGCAUGAUGGCGGCCAAAAACCAGAAGACCCGAGCUCGCGUACGGCCCGAUCAGAAGAGGACAGAGACACGCUUUGGGACGCCUGGGGUUCCUGGAGUGAAUGCUCUCGUACAUGUGGCGGAGGAGCCUCCUACUCCCUCAGACGAUGCCUCAGUUCCAAGACCUGCGAAGGACAGAAUAUCAAAUAUCGCACAUGCAGCAAUGUGGAUUGCCCUUCAGAUGCCGGUGAUUUCCGUGCCCAGCAGUGUUCAGCUCACGCAGAUGAGCAAUACCAGGACCAGUACCACGAGUGGCUGCCGGUAUACAACGACCCAGACAACCCGUGUGCUCUCAAAUGCAAAGCCAAGGGCUCAGGCCUUGUGGUGGAGCUGGCGCCCAAGGUGCUGGAUGGGACACGCUGUUACACAGAGUCUUUGGACAUGUGCAUCAGUGGUAUCUGCCAGAUUGUAGGUUGUGAUCAUGAGCUUGGAAGCACUGCGACCGAGGACAACUGUGGAGUCUGCAAUGGAGAUGGCUCGUCCUGCAGGCUUGUGCGGGGACACUACAAAUCCCAGCAUUCUUCAGGAAAAACUGAGGACACAGUGGUCACCAUCCCUUACAAGAGUCGUCACGUGCGUCUGAUCCUGAAAGGCCCGGAUCACUUGUACAUGGAGAGUAAGACUCUACAGGGGGUAAGAGAUGAACUGGUCUUGGAUAGACCCGGGCAGUACUACAUAGAGAACACCACCGUGGACUACCAGAAACUUUCAGAUAAAGAAGUCCUGAGAAUCACUGGCCCACUCGGAGCUGACUUCACAGUCAAAGUGCAGUUUACGGGUGGUACAGACAGCGUGGUCCAGUACAUCUACUACCAGCCCAUCAUCCACCGCUGGAGAGAGACUGACUUUUUCCCGUGCUCCGUCACAUGCGGUGGAGGUUACCAGCUAACCUCAGCAGAGUGCUAUGAUCUACGGAGCGGACGGGUGGUUGUCGACCAGUAUUGCCAUUACUACCCGGAGAAUGUCAAACCCAAACCCAAACUGCAGGAGUGCAACAUGGAGCUGUGCCUGGACAGUGACGGCUACAAGGAAAUUAUGCCAUAUGACCAAUACCACCCCCUGCCUCGAUGGGAGAGCAGCCCCUGGACGGCCUGUUCCACCUCUUGCGGCGGGGGCAUCCAGAGUCGCUUGGUAUCGUGUGUGGAGGAGGACAUGCAGGGGACCAUCACUCCCACAGAGGAGUGGAAGUGUCUUUACUCUCCCAAAACAGCUAUCCUGCAGCCCUGCAACACAUUUGACUGUCCCACCUGGCUGGCACAGGAGUGGUCACCAUGCACAGUGACUUGUGGUCAGGGACUGCGCUACAGGGUGGUGUUAUGCAUCGAUCACCGUGGCCUGCACGCCGGAGGCUGCAACCCUACCACCAAACCGCACAUCAAAGAGGAGUGCCUGGUGACUGUGCCCUGCUACAAGUCCAAAGAUACACUACCAGUUGAGGCAAAACCUGUAUGGCAUAAGCAGGCCAUAGAGCUUGAGGAGGAAGUCACAGCCAGUGAGGAACCAACCUUUAUCCCCGGUCCCUGGCAGCCCUGCAGCAGGACAUGUGGUGCUGGGACCCAGCAUCGGACGGUCAAGUGCCAAGUGCUGCUGUCUUUCUCCCAGACAAUCGUGGACGUGCCAGAUGAUGAAUGCGAGGGGGUCAAACCUGCUACCAGCCAGCCUUGCUACAGCAGUCCCUGCUCUGUAGAUUUGGGUGAAGCAGGAGAAAGUGAAGAAGUGGAAGAGGUGGAGGAAGAGGAGGAGAAGGGCAGGACACUGCAAAGAGAGGAACUGCACGACUGGGAGUACGAGGGCUUUACUGAGUGCUCAGAGAGUUGUGGGGGAGGUGCGCAGGAGGCUGUGGUUAUCUGCCUGAACAAGCAGACCAGAGAAGCAGCAGACCAAAGCCAGUGUGUGAGCUCUCGCCGACCCCCACGACUCCUCCAGGACUGCAAAACUCAGCCCUGCCCACCCAGGUGGGAAACUGGAGAGUGGAGCUCCUGCUCAGCUACAUGUGGGGUAGGUCUGAUGAUUCGCACUGUGGGGUGCACACACCGGCCCUCUCGUGACAGCAAUCACACUUUCGUUUUGAGGGACGAAGACUGUCAGAACCCCAAGCCCAGUCCUCUCCAAGCCUGCAACCGCUUUGACUGCCCUCCUAUGUGGGACACGCAUGACUGGGGACAGUGCUCCCAAAGUUGCGGUGGUGGGGUUCAGAGGAGGCAGGUACUAUGCAAGCAACGGUUGGCUGAUGGCAGCAUUCUGGAGCUACCUGACACGUUUUGCCCUACUAAGAGUCCUACAAGCCAGCAGCCCUGUGGUGAGCAGGAAUGCCCACCUGAGUGGGUCACAACUAGCUGGUCCCAGUGUUCAGUGACAUGUGGAAAUGGUAUUCAGACCCUCCAAGCUGUUUGCAGGAAGAAAGAGGUGAAUGGAAGGUAUUUGACAGCAGACCCUAAGAACUGUUCCCUGCUGGCUCGUCUCAACAGAAUCCGACCAUGCUUCUUCAAGCCCUGUGAAAACUCUGUCAAGCCUGAUGCCACCAUACUGGCUCAGAGAAAAGUUUAUAUCCAGUGGCGUAAAGGCAAAAAGGUUCACCUGGGCAUUGGUGGUUAUGCGUACAUCCUGCCUUGGACAACUGUGGUCCUUCGCUGCCCAACCCGCCACUUCCGUAAGGGCCAAAUCCACUGGUUGAAGGAAGGGAAGCCCAUGGUCAACCUACCACACCUCUCCAUAACGUCACUAGGAUAUGUGAAGAUCCAUCAGGUUCGUGCAUCUGAUGCUGGGAUAUAUACAUGUGUCGCAGGUGAGGCACAAGAACAUUUAGUCUUACAGAUCAUUGGCAGCAAGCAAAAGCUGUCUGUAGCAGAGUCAAUGCUCAGACGACAAAAGGUUGGGCGACCGGAUGCAAUCUCAGCUCAAGAAAGAUUUCAGGAGCUUCACAGCUCCCUCAACCGAUAUGAUGCAAUUAUUGAGCGUUUGCUUAAUCAUAAAGAAUCCAUUCGAGAUGAAAAAUACAUCGCUGACAAAUCACCUGCGAGUGAAAAGAACAGUUCUACCCUGGAGGAUGAAGGGUCAGAAAUUUACAUCCCAGAGGUCCUCGUUGCCGACACACGCAGGCUAGAGGAGAUCAUGAAAAACUUUGCCGAAGACCUUGGAGGACUACGGGAGGAACAACUUAUCGCACAACUGCUUAGUGAGCUCACUGUGGCACAGGGUGAAACGAAUGAGUCGACUCUUCACCCUCCAGAAAGUGCUGAAUCUUCCACGCAAGAGCCACUCCAUUAUAAACCAAACAUUAAAGCCCACACAGCCAGACCAAGAAACCCACUGAUAAUUCAACGUUCGAAAAAGAUUGGAGAGGGGCCACAAUCUGAAAUGAUAGUUUAUGUGGGAAUGCCAGUUUUCCUGCAGAAACCAGUUGUUAGUUUAGUGUUGAAGUGUGAAGCAGUAGGAAAUCCUGACCCAUCUGUGACAUGGACAAAGAAUGGGAAAGAGUUGCGCUACAGUAGCAGAGUAGGCCUGUUGCCUACAGGAUCACUGAGGAUCCAGUACCCAAGCAAAGGGGAUGAGGGUUUGUACACCUGCACUGCCAGAAACCGUUUUGGAAGGACAUCUCUUUCGUCUUCGGUGCAAAUUACUGGUAAGGUUUAUAGAUCCGUAGGUUUCAAUGGUUUAUACAGAAGCUCCACCUUCUUGUGGUUCAAGCUUCUGCCUUGAGAUGUUUUGAAAGUGGCCUUGAAGCGAGUAGAAGGCAGCUAAGGUUCUCAGUCACACAGGCUUAGAGACUGGUCAUCAGAUAUCCGACAACCAUCAGUUGCCUGGAAAAAAUAUGAAUUCUCUGACCGGUUGCUAGGUGAUGUUGAGUUAAAUUCAAAGCAGGCACUGGACCAAAAACAUCUUUGGGAUUUCUUUGAUCGCAGAUUGUCACGAUUGCCCAUAGUUUGCAUUAAACAUGCUGAACACCAGCAAACUGCUCUCCAAGCAGUAGUGAAACUGUGAAAAGUGUGAUGCACACAAGAACUGGAGAACAUUCAAAGUGAAUUGGACCUUCCCAUUAAAACCAACACAUUUAAGAAGAUGGGACUUUUGCUUUCAAGGUGAAUGGUCUCCAUUUCCGGUCUAUAUUGUUCUUUUCACACAUUGACCAUGGCUUGGAGAGUAGCUUGCUAGUGCUUGCAAACAGGUCCUCAUCUUCCAUGCAAAAUAUGGGCGACUGUGGCAACCUCUUUGCAACCUAAGAAAUCGCAGCUCCGUAUACCAUUUUGCGACCAAUUGCCUGCUAGUGACUGCAUCUGCGUAACUUUGUGCUGAACAUUGGGGGGUGUCAAGAUCUCUGUCUAAAUAAAUAAAUAAAUCUGGGUAAAUUCCCAGAUGAUUAAACAUGCAACUAU